GCACGGGGCCAAUAUAAAAACUAGCCUCAAACUUUGAUCGAUUAAAAUUUAAAAGUGAUGGGGGACUUUUGAGGAUCAUUGAGCAUGUCGGAUUUAACCUUUGUGGACAAAAGCUAUUGUUUUUGAGCCGGUGAAGGAUUUAUUUUCCUGUGCCUUAAGUUGUUUUUUUUUUUUUUUUUUAAAGUUGUUUUUUUUUAACGUUUUCUCUUCUUUGAUGUGAAUCGGCUGACAGCAAUGGGGAUACUGCUAUUAUUUGCAGUGUUGCAAGUGGUGACAGUUGGCUUGGUGACUGCUGGCUGUCCGGUGGUGUGUGAGUGUCCAGCAGGGCCUCCGUCCUGUCCCCCAGGGGUCAGCUCGGUCCCAGAUGCCUGCGGCUGCUGCAAGGUGUGUGCCGCUCAGCUCAACCAGGAUUGCCAUGAAGGACGGCCCUGUGACCACCAUAAAGGCUUGGAGUGCAACUAUGGCAAUGAUGUGGGCCGUACCCAUGGGAUCUGCAGGGCAAAGGCAGAGGGCCGCUCAUGCGAAUACAAUGGGCGGAUUUACCAAAAUGGAGAGAAUUUCCGUGCUGGUUGCAAGCACCAGUGCACCUGCAUCGAUGGAGCGGUGGGCUGCGUGCCCCUUUGCCCCAGUGAUGUGCCCCUGGCGUCCCCUUCCUGUCCCGCUCCACAGCUAGUCAAGGUGCCAGGCCAGUGCUGCUUAAGCAUCGACUGCCACAGGGGAACCACCAUUGUGCCCCCAGUGCACCGCCGACCCCAACCUCCAGCUUACCCACCUUACCCCUUCAUUCCCUACCCGGCCUACCCUUACCCAAAGCCUUAUCCGAAACCUUAUCGGAAGCUGUACCCCUACAAACCCAAAAAGGAGAAGGACACCCUUGGCAACGAGCUGGUGGAGGUGGGACACAAGUGGGACAAGCAACGUGGAAACAAGCACCUGGCGGCCUGGAGGCAGGUGGGAGAUCAGUGCGUGGUUCAGACUACUUCCUGGUCCCAGUGUUCUCGGAGCUGUGGGAUGGGCGUAUCCUCUCGUGUUACCAAUGACAAUGCCCGGUGUAAGCUGAUCAAGGAGACACGCCUGUGCAACAUUCGCCCCUGCAGCUCCAUGUCUAUCCCCAUCAAGAAAGGAAGGAAGUGCUCCCGUACACAUAAGGCCCCUGAGCCACACCGUCUGUCCUACGCCGGCUGCAGGAGCACUCGCCUGUACAGGCCCAACUACUGUGGUGUAUGUAGGGAUGGCCGUUGCUGUUCACCUCGUCGUACACGUACUGCCAGUGUGACCUUCGCCUGCCCUGAUGGUGAACGCUUCAACAGAUCCGUGAUGUUCAUCCAGUCCUGCAAGUGCAGUGAUGAGUGCAACCAUCUCAAUGAAGCUGCCAUGCCUCCACAGCGAUGGCUCUACGGAGACACACACAAGUUCGUCGACUAGUGGUAUUAACCCCCCCACCCCACCCCAAAACCUACAUUCCCAUGACAAUAAACAUUAACUCCCCCAUAGUGAUCCCCAUAUAGAAUAGCUGUCCUUAGUGUUUGAGUAGAUGCAAGCGAGGUCCACACAUCAAAACUAGAAGAUUUCUGGAAGAUUAUUUGGGGAGGAAUGGGGAGAAGAAAAAUGGAUCAGAUGAGCACAUCUCCAAUUUGGAAAGAGCAAAGCGACCAGCCCAUAUUUUAGUGUAGAUAUAAAGUUGUUUCUGGCCUGGCCAGACAUCUACAGACUGUGACAAAAUCUUUAUGGAAAACAUGGAUGCAACCAGCCUUCAUGUUGCUGCUGUGCACCAGAUGUCCCCUGAACUGUUGAGACUUCUGCUGGGGACGCUGGAGCAAGAGCUGACAAACACAACUGUUGGUGUUUCUUUCGUUGAUGGUGUGGAUUCACAUCACAGUUACCAAGCAACAGGUUGACUAGCCUAUAGGGGGUUGGUCUGAUGUUGCUUUGGAGCUAAAUAUGAAACCAGCUGGAAUCAUAUGUCUGUACACUCCAAUACCUUAGUAAUGAUAAACCAAAUGAAGACUUGACAGCAAAGACUGGGAGCGUGAUGGCAGAAGAUGGAGGAGCAUCUCAGAUGUUCUUACAAGAGCGUGGCUUGUGUCUUUUUCAUGGUAUUUAUUCACUGGUAUUUAUUGUCGAGACAGACAUGAUGACACAGUGGCCUGCCACCAGGGAAGGCAGUGCUGCUAUGUUUGGAGCUGAAUGGGGAUCUGAGAGGGACAAAACAGCUGAGAGCUGUCAGCCAUGAGAGGGAGAGGAAGACUCCCACAGAUCCGGGGCUUGACCCUGGGGUCAUAUCAGAGGUCACAGCAGUCAGAAAGUCAUGUCUAAUGAUGGAUGAUGAAGGCUGCAGAAGAAGAGGAGUUAUGUACUAGAAAAAGGCAGAGUUGAACCUGAUGGGUUGAGGCUUUGCAAGCAUUAGUGCGGAAUAUGUCAGAGGUUGUUUACACAGCUGGACUCAUCCCCUGCCUUGCCUCCACAAGAAACUGAGACAUUUAGCAAGCACCAGAAGAACAAGCCUGGGAUUCUGGCGCCAAGAAGUCGACCGCCUAAUUCUGUACAAAUUACAAUCCUGACUCUGAGGGGCAGUGAGAGAAAAUCAGCCACUCUCCUGUUUGCUAUAAAAAUAAAAUUUGAAAAACUGCGGGUACUGAAGUAAACAUGUAAUUUUAGAGUGGCGGGUGGAACCACUCUGGUGCCCACUCUGGCCUGUAAUCAAGUAGCAUGCCAGCUCACUGAAACAAAACAAUAACUUAUGCCUCUUCGUGUUUAAGUGUUGUCUGUUUCUGAGAACUGCUGUUAAAGGUUGUGUUGUGACAUCACAGUCCAGGGCAGAGAAGAGCUUUACAGCCCUACAGAGGACACGGUGCCAGAGGUCAUUGAGAACCUAUUUUUAAGGACAUUUUGAAGGAAAUGUCCUACAGCUUUUUUUUUUUUUGUCCAAAAUCCUUGACUAUGACUGAAGAACCCAAGCAUCUUACUUGACUGGGACUUGGGCUCACGCACCUUAUGACAGCCUUCUUAAAUGACUUUUAUCACAUGCAAAGCUAAUACAGAGUGGCUGAGAUAUCAGUCCUGACUGUUUUUUUAAUCUUUGCUGACUACACAUAUAAAAUAGGUGAUUCUAAAUGAAUUGAAACACCAUUUUAUUAUGUCAAAGAGUUGUUCUCUCUUGUGCCAUGAGACAGUGGCAUCAUAGACAUAUUUUUAAAGCCCCUGUGGUUUUAAACUGGUGAUUUAAAAAAAUAUGGUAAUUGUUCACCAUGUUGCCAUUGCUGUUUGUCCAUGUAGUUGCUGUGGUUUUGGUACUGUAAUGUUUAGUUUUGUUAAAGGACACUAUAGAGCAGCUAUGUACAGACCUUCUUUUUAGUUUUAUCUGCUGUAUCAGGGCCCAUCCUUUUACCAAGUUAUACUGAAGUAAUCCAUGUAUAGUUUAGCACUGAACAAGGCAGGGUUCAGAUCCUUUAUGAGCAUUGAGUGCCAAUUUGGAAGCAUGAUGAUUGUAUGCCUACUAGUGUACAUUAUUACCAUCUGUAAUGACAAAAGUCGUGCUUUUUAAGAUUACAUAUUAAAAAAAGAACUUGUUAACAAAAA